UACAAAGACGCUGACGCUGACUUUCCCUGAGUGAAAAAUGUCUGCUGCAGAGAGCCGCACGUUUGAAAUCGUCAAAGAUGUGGUCUUGACAGCUCACAAGAGCUGCACGACAGCUGAGAAGAUAGACUUCUACAACGUCUGGGCCAGAACCUAUGAUCAGGAUCAGGCAGUUCUUGACUACCGUGGACCCAGUAUGGCAGCCAAAGCUAUCUCCACCCACUUCACUGGCAACCGCCAAGCCGCUGUGGUGCUGGACGUGGCCUGUGGCACAGGACUGGUGUCCGACCUGCUGAAGAAAAAUGGAUUUCGACAUUUUGUGGGUGUGGAUGCAAGUGAGGCGAUGAUGCAGCGGGCCAUAAAGAGUGGACUGUACGACGACCUGAAGCUGGCUGUGCUUGGCGAGAAGCCACUUCCUGUCCAAUCAGACCACUUUGACGUAGUGGUAAUCGUUGGUGCUCUCAGCGUGGGACACAUCGAUGUGAAGGUCAUCAGGGAGCUGUGCCAGGCUGCCAAACAGGGCGGUCUCAUCUGCAUGACGACCAGGGGUAACCUUGACAAUGCAAGCUACAAAGCGGACUUGGAGGACCAGAUAAAGCAGCUGGAGGAGGAGGGACUGUGGCGUUGCGUGGAGGUCAGAGAGGAGAAGGAGUGGGAGAGAGCUGUGAGGGCGUACGAGGAGGGCUACAUACGUGGAUGUGUGUAUGUCUAUGAGAAGCUUUAA